AUGCCGCUCGCUGGAUUCAACAUCUUCGACUGGGCCUACCCUGCCGUGAGUUUCCCUUCUGGGCCUGAUGUCAUCCGAAAUCGCUUUUCCUCGCGGGAUAUGCCGCGUUUUAAUAACUUUUUCACUUUACAAGACGGCAGAGAAUGUAAAAAAAAAAUUGGGAUUUGUGUGCGUGCGAAAGAGGGAGAGAUGGCCCGAGAUAAUCUUCCCGAAUAACACGUACGCUGCUUCCUCUCGUCUUCUUCGCACUCCGACAGAUGCCUUUCUAUUUCCAUUUCUUUCUGGCACUCUGUGCUUUCGACCCCGAGGAGUCAGUUGGCCCCGCGCCGUUGAGCCUGUUUCUCUGGUACUUUUCCAUUUCUGCCGAUGCAUGAAAGUUAAUCAGAAUGAAUAUUGGCCGCAAUUGGCUCGAGGCAGUUUAAACCACAAAUUCGAUGUUCACAUGGACCUGGACCUUACGAUGAUUCGCUUUGCCUCUCAUAUCAUUUCGAACAAAUAUAGAAAGAAACAUUGCCUUUCUAGACAUUUCGCAAUCAUUCUGCCCCUUGUCAGUUGGCACUUUUUGUCCUUCAGACUCUGCAACGUCUCAAAAAUCGGCCGUAACGUCCUAGAAAUCUGGUGUUUUUCAAUGACUGACAAAGUCCUAACAUUGUUCAGAAAACGAUCGAAAUACUCGUUUUUUCUCGACACCGCCUCUUUUUUCUAUUGAUAUUAUCAAGGGACAAUUAUAAGGUCUCGAGAUAAACAUAAAAUCCGAGUGUUUGACUGUUUUGGUAACAGCAGCCUCGCCCUUAUUGAUUGACGUCAAUAUUGACCAAAGAUUCAAUUGAGUUGAUUUCACGUUGCUGAGCCUUUCAAAAACAUUUCUGACAUUGUGGGAAUUUGAGAAAAUUUCAAAUAGAAAUAUUUAGUGGCUUUGAAUUCCCAAACUGAUUUUGUGAUUUCUUGACCUUUGUGUGUUAGUUGCUAGAAUGCCAAAUUGCCAAAUGGGUAGAAGAUCCCCCGCCUAUAAGUGUCAAUGUCCGUCGGCCCUUCCGCCGAAAAACACUCGGGACGGACGACCUGCAUCUUUGUGUGUUUCUCUGCCCUCUCCGCCGUCUCGCCAGUUGUUUUCCUCUCCCUUUACACUCCAUCUCUCGUCGUUUCUGCUUCGAUUGCUCGGCAGCGCAGAGAGCCCGAAAGGCCUCUUUCCCUUCCGUUCACGAAGGGCUUCUCCUCUUCUUCGUCCUCUUUUUCUUCGACGAAAUAUUGCGGCCAUGAGCAGCUGGGAGGAACAGAGUUUUGUGUUUACUCCCAACUGAUAGGUCUCGAUUUUUCUGUUUGAAGUCGGCUCCGAAUAGGUUUUCCACGACAUAGGAGCGCAAUUUUUUCUCUGCUGCUGCGCUGUCGCCCUUUUUUGUUUCGGAAUAGAAAGACUAAAUUCGAUAUAUCCCUUCGACAAAAUGUCUCCUUUCUCUUCUAUGGAGUCACGUUGAAACCCUGCAAUUUUAUGGCCCAACUCCAUUAAAACACACCACUUUCUCCCUUUUUCUGGGAACACAACACUAUUAUCCGCUUUCACGUGAAUGAGCGGUUGAUGAAUCGACAGUGACACAAAUUGUUUAUCGAGUGGCCGCUUCGACAAUGAUAUCGAAAUUUAUAACGAUUUUGUCUAUGACGGCGUUGAAGAAACGAGAAAUCGGCGCUUGACUUUUGAAGAUUGAUGGCCUCUAGAUUUUUCUGCUGGACUUCUCGGAAAAUUCCUCUUGUGACUCACUUUCUCAUAACUGAUAAUCGGCUUUGCAUGUUUGUCACGUGGUUCAAAGUGCCCCGAGCAGAGAACCAACUCAAUUUUCGUCGUCCUCAUGCGAAAGCAAAAGAUAUAUAGUUGUGCCUGACGAAAAAGAGGGCAUUGACCGUUUGAGAACGGUGGUGUGAUCGCCAAAAAGUUUGUUGUCCUGCUGUUGCUGCCUUGUAUCAUCGUUGUUUUAUCACUCGGGUUAUCAGCAGUUGUCGGUAGUACCCUUGUGUGUUGACUGUGGCGGUCACUAAGCGGAGGAGGACAAUUUCGCCCGUUUGAGAGUGUUUGUGUCUUGCCUUUUACUCCUUCAUUGAUCACGCUGGUUAUCAGUCGAUUAGUGCAUUUUCAUAGAAUUCAACUAUUCCAGUAGGUGAGAAUUGUCGAUCUUUGUCUCAUUUUCGAAGUAUGAAAUGUUUUUCCCACUAAUUUUGUUGAUUCCUUCCCGUUCAGUACCUUAUCAAGGCCCCAAUCGACAGCACUCCCGUUCCCUGCAUCUAUAACCAAAACAGUCAUGUUUUCUAUUUUCAGCAGCCGUCCGUUGUCGUCACUCCACCGAAGACCCAUUGCUCCAUCAUGAUCACCAACGACCACGACCGCCGCAAGCAGAUCUCGGUGCGCGGAAUCGCUCAAGUGGAGAAUGUCUCGAACAUCAAGAAGGCGUUCAACCGCCAUCUCCAUUUCUCGAUCAUCAAGGAUCGCAACGUGGCCACGGACCGUGACUACUACUUCGCUCUUGCGAACACCGUUCGCGACCAUCUGGUUUCUCGCUGGAUCCGCACCCAGCAACACUACUACGAGAAGGACCCGAAGAGAGUCUACUAUCUCUCGCUCGAGUUCUACAUGGGCCGCACCCUGUCGAACACGAUGAUGAACCUGGGCAUCCAGGCCACCGUUGACGAGGCUCUCUACCAGCUCGGACUCGACAUCGAGGAGCUCCAGGAGAUCGAGGAGGACGCUGGACUCGGUAACGGAGGCCUCGGCCGUCUCGCCGCUUGUUUCCUCGACUCUAUGGCGACUCUCGGCAUCCCGGCCUACGGAUACGGACUUCGUUACGAGUACGGAAUCUUCAAGCAGCUUAUCCGCGAUGGAUGGCAAAUCGAAGAGCCGGACGACUGGCUUCGCUUCGGAAACCCGUGGGAGAAGGCCCGUCCGGAGUACAUGCUGCCGGUCAACUUCUACGGAAAAGUUGUGAAGGAGGACGUGAGUUUUGAAAAUCAGUAGAAAUAACUAUGCCAUCAUAAUUAUUUCCUUUCAGGGCAAGUCCAAGUGGAUCGACACCAAAGUCGUUUUCGCGAUGCCGUACGACACCCCGGUCCCGGGAUACAAGAACAACAUCGUGAACACUCUCCGUCUGUGGUCUGCCAAGGCCGAGAAUCACUUCCAUCUGAAGUUCUUCAACGACGGAGACUACGUUCAGGCUGUCAUGGACCGCAACUUGUCCGAGAACAUCACCCGUGUGCUGUAUCCGAAUGACAACGUACGAUCACUUCUUUCAUAGUUCCAGUCAACAAUCCUCGUUUUCAGAUGUUCCUCGGAAAGGAGCUGCGUCUGAAGCAGCAGUACUUCCUGGUCGCUGCCACUCUCCAGGACAUCAUCCGUCGCUUCAAGUCGUCGAUUUACGGAAACCGCGAGGCGGUCCGUGUCAACUUCGACACUUUCCCGGAUAAGGUGGCCAUCCAACUCAACGACACCCAUCCAUCCGUCGGAAUUCCCGAGUUGAUCCGUCUCUUCGUCGACGUGGAGGGACUCACGUGGGAUCAGGCCUGGGACAUCUGCAUCAAGACCUACGCCUACACCAACCACACUCUUCUUCCUGAGGCUCUCGAGCGCUGGCCAGUGUCCCUCAUGCAGAAUCUGCUCCCACGUCAUCUCGAGAUCAUCUACGAGAUCAACCAACGCUUCAUGAACACCAUCUCGGAGCGCUUCCCAGGAGACUUCGAUCGCAUGCGCCGCAUGUCGAUUGUCGAGGAGGCCGAUCAGUUCGGAGAGAAGCGCAUCAACAUGGCCCAUUUGUGCAUUGUCGCCUCGCAUGCCAUCAACGGAGUCGCCGCUCUCCACUCGGAUCUUCUCAAGAGCUCCACGUAAGCGUCUGGCCCAUUCUUCCAAAUCUAACUUUGUUCCUUCCAGGUUCCGUGACUUCUACGAGUUCUUCCCGGAUCGCUUCCAGAACAAGACUAACGGAAUCACUCCACGCCGUUGGCUCCUUCUCUCUAACCCAUCGCUGGCCGACCUUAUCGUCGAGCGCAUCGGCGAUACCUGGAUCACCAAUUUGGAUGAGCUCCAGAAGCUCAAGGAGUACGCCAACGACGCCGGAUUCCUUGACUCGAUCCGUCGUGUCAAGCUGGAGAACAAGCAGCAUGUGGCUCAGUACCUCAGUGAUGAGUACAACGUGAGCAUCAACCCAGCCUCGUUGUUCGACGUGCACGUGAAGCGCAUUCACGAGUACAAGAGACAACUGCUCAACAUUCUUCACGUCAUCGCUCUCUACAACCGCAUCAAGGCCGACCCGAACGUCGACAUCGUCAAGAGAACCGUCUUGUACGGAGGAAAGGCCGCUCCCGGAUACCACAUGGCCAAGCAGAUCAUCCGUUUGAUCACCGCCGUCGCCGAGCAGGUCAACAACGAUCCGAUCGUCGGAGACCGUCUCAAGGUUAUCUUCCUCGAGAACUAUCGUGUUUCAAUGGCCGAGAAGAUCAUCCCGGCCGCCGAUCUCUCUGAGCAGAUCUCGACCGCCGGAACUGAGGCUUCUGGAACCGGAAACAUGAAGUUCAUGCUCAACGGAGCACUGACCAUCGGAACUCUCGAUGGAGCCAACGUCGAAAUGGCCGAGGAGAUGGGCGACGAGAACAUUUUCAUUUUCGGAAUGAACGUCGACGAGGUGGAGGCUCUCCAGAAGCGCGGAUACUCGUCGCAGGAGUUCAUCAGCAAGAGCCCAGUCCUCAAGCAGAUCGUCGAACAGAUCGAAGGUGGCAUGUUCACUCCGGAAGAUCCCGAUCAGCUCCGCGACCUCUCCAACAUGCUCCGUCAUCACGAUCGCUUCAUGGUGUGCGCCGACUUCGACGCGUACAUCACCGCUCAGGAUCAGGUCAGCUUGUUCCACCUUCUAGAUUUUAAGCAAUUCGUUCGUUUUGCAGGUGUCUGCGACGUUCCGUGAUCAGGAGAAGUGGUCCCGCAUGGCUCUCUACAACAUCGCCUCGACCGGAAAGUUCUCGACGGACCGCACGAUCGCCGAGUACGCCCGCGAGAUCUGGGGAAUCGAGCAGUUCGAGAGCUCGCUUCCGGCUCCGUAUGAGAAUGAGCACAAGAGCGAAUAA